UGCAUUUUGGAAGAAGGACUUUCCCAGCAGAGCUUAGUAGCUCUGUAGGAUAAGCAACUUCAGUUGUGGAGCUCUUAAGGUAUACAUCUUAAGAGCUCCACAGCUGGGGAUGUGUGCUCUAUGGAGUUUUCAAUCUUGGCAGAGCAGGGUCGGCUGCAGUGAAGUUUAGGAGCUCCACAGAGAAGAUGCCUUCUGUAAACUCUCCUCCUCUUGGUUUGAAUAUGAACAGCUCCCUGUAUGCAAUCUCCUUCUCAAAACUCCCUCUUCUUCCUGACAACUGCUGCCACAUACACCUUUACACAGAGAGGGAAGAGAGAUUUGUUGUGAUAAUUGAGCCUACAAAUUUACUCUAACUAUGAGCUCAACUGUAAAAAGAGAGUAUUAGUUCAUAAGAUGUCACAAUAACCGUCCUAUAUCAACAAAUGUUGAUGAGAAAAGAGGCAGAAGGGAGACAGACUGAAUUAGUCCAAACAGAAAGGGCUAUAGAUAUAACUUAAGGGCUGUGUUAAGAUCAUGCUUGGUAAACAAGAAAAAUGUGGAUCUAGAAAUCAAUGAACCAAAGUUGGUGUGCUGGAUAUUAUGCCUAAUUGGUGGACAAAUAAUGAGGAAAUGGGCUGUUCUACCCAUCACUCCAUUUUGGGGGACUUAAAAAAGAGAUUUGGGAGAAAAAUUGGUUACUGGAGCAAGCGUUACCAUCAUGGCUGCCAUUUCCACCAUCUCCUGGGACCUCGUGCCUUUGUCGUCCUGAUCCUGAAAGAUGUCCUGACAAAACCAUGCCAGAGAGAGGGAGCCAGAUGACAUCUCUUCCUCCAUCAGCACCGAAAAGUCGACUCCAGAAUCGUCUGCUCUUUCACCUAGCACAUAAGUUCAGUGAUGAAAAGAAAUUGAUGAGCUUCCAUCAGAAUUUGCAGGACAUCACAGAAGAUCAGCUCAGUCUGGCAUCUAUCCAUUAUAUGCGGUCCCACUACCAAGAGGCUAUUGAUAUCUACAAACGCAUACUGCUUGAUAACCGGGAAUAUCUGGCUCUCAACGUAUAUGUGGCUUUAUGUUACUACAAACUGGAUUACUAUGAUGUGUCGCAAGAAGUGCUGGCUGUUUACCUUCAGCAAGUUCCUGACAGCACCAUAGCUCUUAACCUCAAGGCUUGUAACCACUUCCGACUUUACAAUGGCAAGGCUGCUGAGGCAGAACUCAAGAGCCUGAUGGACAAUGCCUCAUCAUCUUUUGAGUUUGCUAAGGAGCUCAUUAAGCACAAUCUGGUUGUAUUCCGAGGAGGGGAAGGGGCUCUGCAGGUUCUGCCACCCCUGGUUGAUGUUAUUCCUGAAGCCAGAUUGAACCUGGUGAUCUACUAUCUCCGGCAAGAUGAUGUGCAGGAGGCUUAUAACCUGAUUAAGGACCUGGAACCUACAACUCCACAGGAGUACAUACUCAAGGGAGUGGUGAAUGCAGCCCUUGGACAGGAAAUGAGCUCAAGGGAUCAUCUGAAAAUUGCUCAACAGUUCUUCCAGCUGGUGGGAGGAUCAGCCAGUGAAUGUGAUACAAUCCCCGGGAGACAGUGCAUGGCUUCCUGCUUCUUUCUGCUCAGACAAUUUGAUGAUGUCUUGAUUUACCUCAACUCAGUCAAGAGUUAUUUCUACAAUGAUGACACUUUUAACUUUAACUAUGCCCAAGCCAAAGCUGCCACUGGCAAUACCAGCGAGGGUGAGGAGGUGUUUCUCUUGAUCCAGAGUGAGAAGAUAAAGAAUGAUUAUGUUUAUCUUAGCUGGCUGGCUCGUUGCUAUAUCAUGAAUAAGAAGCCUCGACUGGCCUGGGAGCUCUACUUGAAGAUGGAAACCUCAGGGGAGUCCUUCAGUCUCUUGCAACUCAUUGCAAAUGACUGCUACAAGAUGGGCCAGUUUUACUAUUCAGCCAAAGCCUUUGAUGUUCUGGAGAGACUGGACCCUAAUCCUGAAUACUGGGAAGGCAAGAGGGGUGCCUGUGUGGGCAUCUUCCAAAUGAUCUUAGCUGGCCAAGAACCCAAAGAGACACUGCGGGAAGUGCUACAUCUCCUAAGGAGCACUGGUAACCCUCAGGUAGAGUAUAUCAUCCGCAUCAUGAAGAAGUGGGCCAAAGAGAACAGAGUGCCUGUCUAAGACCGUACUACCAAGAAAACCAGGUCAGAUGCCAUCUUUUUGUGCAUAGCUGGAGGGCAUGGAACCUAGCCCCUCCCCUUCAUUCACCCUCCCACCCCCCAUACACAUCUUCCUUGUAGUCUUCGUUUGUGGCUGGCCUAUCAUCAAACAUUAAAGAGACUGCCAAACUCUGAAAUGGAGCAAAAAGAGUACUGCAGUUGGCCUGCGCAAAAUUUCCGUGAUUUUGAUAUGAAGGAUUUCUUUUGGACAGAAGGGAUUUGAAUUCCAUGCUCUUCCCACCCAGAUCCGUGUGGCAUUUUUUCUGUUCUACAUCAAUCCCAGUGUCUAGUUCAAGGAUUCUCAACCUUUUUCAUACUUUGAUUCCAAUGUUCAAACUGUCCCUCAUAGACACUCCAGACUCCUUUGCACCAGCUCCCACAGUACUGCGUAAGAUGUAUUGUUGCAAUUUGAGAGGUUCAUAUUUUAAAAUACUUCUCCUGGCCUCCAAAGAAGAAUCAUCUUUAAAGUAACUCAGCAAAUCUGCUUCAGCACAAGAGUGGUGAUGGCAAAUGGAAGAAGGAUUGUGUUUUCUUAGUGAUUAACUUACCAUUAACAGUUAACAUGUUUUUAAUAUUCCUGGCCUACUUCAGGGUGGAACACACCACAUCCUGAGCAACAUCCAUUUUGAGAUGGAUCCUGCUGAUCAAUUUAUAACCUCUUUAUCUCUUUCCUUUUUGUCCAAAAAGAUUUGCUGUCCCUUGGCCAAAGUCAGAUUAAUUCUGAACAUGAAGCUAAUCAACCACGAAUGCAGGGCCCCAGAAUUGCUUACUUAUUUUCAAAGAGGAUAGUUACAAGAUAUGGGGGACUGCUUUUCAAAGCAUGAGGUUCUGAUUGGCUGAACUCUUUCUUGCUAUAGAGCCUGAUCCUGCAAACAUUUGUGCAUGUUAGUAAAUUUGCUCAUGUGCGUUGUCCCACCCGUUUACCUCUCACAUCAAUAAAGUUAUUCAUGUAUGUUUACAGGAUCAGGCCCUUCACCAGUCACUACCUUAGACAGCAAUGUAUCGUGUUUACUUGACAGUUCAGCCCAGCAAAACUCUGCUGUGUUUCAAGGUGGUCUGGAAAGGGAACUGGGGAGAAUCCUUUUCAGAAUAGACCACUUAAUCCUAAAGGAGAUGAAAUUCUAAGAAGAUGCACAAUGGAUAUGAUAUAGAAAUGAAUUGUAGGGCUUACAGUACAUAAUAUCUGUACAUUAUUUGUGAAGGAAAAAUUACUUAACUUACGAAGUAUUUUUGUACCUUGUGACAAGAUAUUUCAUUGAACACUAUGAUGUCUGUACCUUGAUUAAAGCUUAUACUUGGAUUUUCA